AUGUCACCCUCCGACAGCAAGCCCAUAGCGGCUUAUUUAGGGCCCAUCGCAUCGUAUUCUCAGCAGGCAGCGCUGCAAGCCUUUGCAGAAGAUGUAUGGUACCUGAAGCCCGUCACCACGAUUGAUGAUGUUUGCGAUGCGACUCAAGACAAGCACGCGGUUCUCGGCGUCGUUCCCAUUGAAAACUCAACCAACGGGUCCGUCGUAUUUACGCUAGACGACCUUGCGGACAGAGAUGGGCGCUACAAAGAUAUAUAUGUCAAUGGAGAGAUUUAUGUCGACGUUCACCACCAAUUGCUGGGCCAUAAAAACGCCAAUGCGCCGGGGCCUUCCGGUCACAGCGCAAGUGGCACGUCCACGCCAACAGCAGCAGACCCAACGCCCUCGAAGCCCAAGAGCAAGCCGUUGGAGAGUCUUGACCAUAUAAAGAAGCUGUACUCACACCCGCAAGCUUUCGGUCAAUGUACCAAAUUUAUCUCGACGUAUCUCAAGAACGCGGAGAAGUUUGACGUCAGCUCGACCAGCAAAGCCGCGGAGCUCGUGGCCGCGGACACGAGCGGUACAUCGGCUGCUAUUUCCAGUAAGCUCGCCGGCGAGCUGUACAAGCUCGACACGCUGGCCGCGUCCAUCGAGGACCGCGACGACAACACGACGCGCUUCCUCAUAAUUGGCACGCUGCCCGCGCUGCCCGUCGACUACCCGCUCAAGCAGGAUCCGGCGCAGCGGACCGGUACCAAGUCUCUCGUGACGUUCACGGUGCCACACAAGUGCCCCGGUGCGCUUGCCGAUAUUCUCGGCUGCUUCCGGGAGUUCCAGUUGGACCUGACCAGCAUCAACAGCCGGCCAAGUCUGCUGGGACCUUUUCAGUACAUCAUAUUUGUGGAGUUUGAAGGCCACAAACUGGAUGACCCGGAUGGACGUGUGAACAGCGCGCUGAUAAAGAUUGAAAAGAUGGCACAGAAGUUAAGGUGGUUGGGCAGCUGGUACACGUACCGACAUGAUAGUUGCCUGAACUAUGCGUAUGAGGCCCAUCUCGGUAGUGGUGGCAGCCAUGUAGAUUUGUGCGGGAGCUAA